UUCGUCUGCAACAAAAUUGACAAAUGAAGAAAUAAUUCGCAAAAUUAAAUUACGGAUUGUAAAUAGUUAUUAAUUGUGGAUUUACAAUGUUUUAUUUAACAUUAAAGUAUUAGUUAGUGUAAUAAGUUUUAGUAAGAAGCGUUUAUUGUGAAAGGAGAUAUUAACUUGACAUCGAAAUGGACGUCGUCGGCAGUGAGAUUGGCCAAAAGAUGCGGUCUGCCAUCAAGGCCAAACUCACUGAACUGGGCUGUUAUGUUGAUGACGAGCUCCCAGACUACGUCAUGGUCAUGGUGGCUAACAAGCGCACUCGCGCUCAGAUGGAGGAUGAUCUGCAGUUGUUCCUCGGUGACAACACCGAGCUGUUUGUCAACUGGUUGCACCAGGUGCUGAAGAAGUUGCAGGAGGUCACUGUUACAGCGCCAAUAAAAGUAGCAGAAUCUGAGAAGAUCAAAGACAGUUCAUCGUCAAAAGAAAAGAAAUCUAAAGAUAAAAAAGACAAAGACAAGUCUAAAAAAUCCGAGAGCUCUAAAAAGUCCAAAAAGAAGGACAAAGAAAAACUACAUAAGAAAAAAGAUAAGGAAUCCAAAAAAGUUCAUAAAAGCAAGAAAAAGAGUAAAAAGCAUGAAAUGAUCAGGCCAAAUGUACCCCCUUUACUCAUGAACAUGGAAAAAGAUUCUGAACCAUCCAUUACUGAUGUAUUUGCUGGUCAGAUCUUGAAGAACCAUGGCAUUACUUUAGAGACACCUAAAAUAGAUCCAAAUGUAGAUAAAAAGCCUUCUAUACCUGAUGUGAAGCGGCCAAUAUUACCUAUUAUAGAUCCUGCUACUAUAAGUUCACAGCCGGAACCAUCACAAUCAAGUAUGGAGAGUGUUACCACAAUCAGUGACCAAGAUGUCGAGGAAGCGUCUCCAACUCCCACACCUACAGCACCAGCUCCAAGAGAUGAACAAAUUAAGGAAAUGAAUGAGAUUGAAGCUAAAAUUCAAGGGUUAAAACAAAAAUUAGCGGAGCAACUAGAUUCUAUGUCAGAUGAUGAGGAUUUUCUGACAAUUAGAACCGAAGCUGAGGAGCUGAUGAAUGACUUUGCUGAAGAUGUGUAUCAGGAAAUAUCCCAAGCGGCGCCCCUCGCCCCCGCCCCCGUCCCCGCCACCCCUCCCCCCUCCCGCCGGUCCCCCUCCCCGGCGCCCCCCGCGCCCCCCAAAGAGGUGGAAACCCUCCCCCAAAUAGAACUCAAGCUGCCCAAGAGACCAGUCAGAGAGAGGCUCGGUAUGCGAGAAGAGAAACUUGAGAAAGCCGAUAGUCCAGAAAGAUUCACGCCCGAAAGAGAGCCGGAGCCGAAGAAGGCACGGAGCCGCUUAGACGAGCCAUCGGAAAAGCAGCGCAAGCAAGAUGAUGAUGAUGAUGAUGAUGAUGAGCAUGACACCAGCUCUAAAAGGGUUUCGUCCAAAGUGUCAGCUCUAGAGCGCACGCCGCGCGUGUGCGCCAGCGUGGUGCGCGUGCGGCCGCGGCCGCGCGGCGCGGCGCCCGGCAACAGCCUGCUGCUGCGCGCCGUGGCCGACGCGCACAGGAGCCUGCUCAAUAUACCGCCAAAAGUGGAAGCAGAGCCAGCAAAAGUGAAACGAGCGCUUGUGAAGCCGAUGCGACGAUGCGUUGACGCACAGAAGAUAGUCAUACAAGUGCAAGCCGAUGCCCACACUGAAGCGGACAAGGCGGACAUUGAGAAAAAAUCGCCUCUUGAGAAAGAGGAUUUCUUGCCCGCUCUGUUGACAAAAAAAAUCGUGAACACCGACUACGUGUCGCCGCGUAGCAAGGACCCACGGACGUCCAGUGUGCGAGAUGACACCCUAGUCAUAGAAACUCUAAAUAUCCACAAUCCAACAGUAGACAAACAAAAAGACACACAAUUUAUUGUAACCAUGGACGGAUACGAUCCUAACGUGUUCCUCGCCAAGAAACUAUUGACCGAAGGUCUUUUAGAUGAUGAUGACAAAAGCAAAAAAUCUACUGACGCUGAUUCAAAAACUAAAGAGAAACCCGAUAAAGAUGAUGAAGAAAAAGUCGUAGAUAAAACGGAAACAAUUAAGAAUAAAGAAGUAGUAAAAGAGCAUAAAAAAGAAAGCCAUAAAGAUCUACCUAUAGACACUAAGGUAGCAAAACAUGAGAAGAAAGAUUCGAAAGAUGACAAAGAAGUAACAACAAGUGCAGUUCAGAAAAAGCGUUUAAGUGAUACUAGCGAAGAAAGUGACACGCAAGUUAUAAUAAAUCCAGAGGCGGAAAAAAAGACUGAAGAAACACAGGAGAAACUAGACGUGUCGCCGAAUGCUAGGAAGAGGAAGAAGUCCCCGAUAGUGUUUGACGUGGAAAAGAAAGAGAAGAAGGAGAAAGCGAGAGAGAGGACGGAGAGUGCAGGCAGUGACAACCACGUAACAGUGACAACGACCACUAAUACACAUAAAUAUGACUCCGUUCCUUCAUUGUCGGCGGGCGAGCGCGGCGCGGUGCCGUGCCGCUCGUUCCCGGCGUGCCGCUACGGCGGCGCGUGCGCCUUCCUGCACCCGCGCUGCAAGUUCGCGGCCGCCUGCACGCGCCGCGACUGCGUCUACACGCACGCGCAGCCGCCCAAGCUCGUGGCAUCCCACGUAGUCCCAGCAGCAAGUUUCAAGACUAUCCAGCCUUCAGCCCUACCCACGAUCUGCAAGUUCUACCCCAACUGCGUCAACCCCGUGUGCCACUUCGCACACCCCAAGCCGUGCCGGUACGGGAAGGGAUGCUUGAACAAGGCAGAGUGCAACUUCUAUCAUCCCGACUCCAAUAAGUGGAGAUAUCCUGUGUAGUCAUGUAGAUUUAGUCAAAUUAUAAAAUUAUUCUAAUUAUAA